UGUGUGUGCGCGCGCGCGCGCUGUACGAAAGCAGCCUGUAUGCAAGCGCGCCUACUUCUGCCUCGUUGACACACGGGCGUGCUAUUUUAAAGUGCAACACUGACAAAACCGUUGCUAUUUAGCAAAAAUUUAAUUCAGCAAACAGUAACUCCAAGUCCACGUUGAAUUCACACGGACUAUUUAGUUAUAGCUGCAUGAGGGAAAACCGAGUGAUGGCAAUGUUUCUGACCAAGGAGAUAAUCUUGAUCUUUCUUUUCCUGGGCAGUGCAGCCUCUCUACAAGUGAGCAUUAUGCCUGCACAAGGAGAAGUAAGCGUCGGAGAGUCCAAGUUUUUCUUGUGUGAAGUUGUCGGUGCAGUGAAGAGAAUCGACUGGUUCUCACCGAGCGGCGAGAAGAUUGAAUCCAGUAGGCAGGACAUCACAGUGAUCCGCAAUGACGAGACAUCCUCUACGCUCACUAUCUACAAUGCUAUCAUUGACAAUGCCGGCACGUACAAGUGUGUAGCCACCAGCGGAGACCAGCAGGCUGAGGCCACAGUGAACGUGAAAAUAUACCAAAAGAUUACCUUCAAAAAUGUUACAUCACCCCAGGAGUUUACUGAGGGGGACGACGCCAUCAUCGUAUGUGAUGUGAUUAGCUCCCCACCACCCACUAUCAUGUGGAAACACAAAAGGGCAAAAAUCCAGUUUGACAAAGAUGUUCGGUUCAAGAAUUUGGACAAUAACCACCUGCAGAUCAGAGGGAUCAGAAAGGCAGAUGAAGGAGUGUACACCUGUGAGGCCCGCAUUAUGGCUCGAGGAGAGAUUGAUUUCCGUGAUAUCAGAGUUGUAGUAAACGUUGUUCCCACUAUCAGAGUGCGACAAGCUGAGGUGAACGCCACCGCAGACAUAAGCCACUCUGCCAUGCUGGCCUGUGAUGCAGACGGCUUCCCUGAACCUACAAUCACAUGGAUGCGCUCUCUCCGGCGUGAGGUUCUUCUGGAGAGCGGGGAUAAGUACAGCUUCAAUGAAGAUGGCUCAGAGAUCACAAUAAUGGAUGUGAAGAAGCUAGAUGAAGGAGAUUACACCUGCAUUGCCAGAAACAAAGCUGGGAUGAGUGAAGAAGAAGUCGGACUCAGAGUUUUUGUGAAACCCAAAAUCACAUACUUGGAAAACCAAACCACUACGGAGAUGGAGGAGCAGAUCAGGUUGACGUGUGAAGCCACAGGAGACCCGACACCCAGCAUCACGUGGAGCUUCGGUACGCACGUAUUUGCCGAGGGAGAACAGGAGCAUCUAAAGAGGAUUUAUCAGGCAUCUUGGACUCGACCUGAACAACACAAGAGUGAAGACGGGAGUGUGGUGGUGCGCAGUGACGCCCGUGUCUCUUCUCUGACACUAAAGUACGUACAGUACACCGACGCUGGACAGUAUCUCUGCACGGCUAGCAACGCUGUAGGCCAGACCUCCCAGUCCACGUUCCUUGAAGUGCGCUACGCACCAAAGAUCCUGGGCUCAGUAGCAGUCUACACGUGGGAGGGGAAUCCUGCCAACAUCAGCUGCGAGAUCCUGGCUCACCCGAGUGAUGUGUCUAUCAUAUGGCUGCGAGAUGGACUCCAGCUACCCAACGCCAACUCCACCAACGUCAAAAUCUAUACAACCCCCACUGCCAGCUACCUGCAGGUUAACCCGGACUCCCAGAAUGACUUUGGCAGCUAUAACUGCACCGCUUCUAAUGAGAUCGGGACCGAGUCCAAAGAGUUCAUCCUGAUUCAGGCUGAUGUUCCCUCGGCUCCGACCAUCACUCAGGUGAAUCCCUACUCAAGCACGGCUGAGGUACUGUUUGAUGAACCUGAAGCUUCUGGAGGAGUUCCCGUGCUCAAGUACCAUGCCGAGUGGAGGGUAGGGAACAAAAACAAAUGGGUCCAGCGCAUCUAUGAAGUCCGAGAGGGGCUGAGUGCGGUCACAAUCACGGGCUUAAAACCAGACACGAAGUAUGAAGUCAAGAUGUCUGCUAUCAACGGCAAGGGAGAAGGCGAGAGCAGCUCUAUAGUUGCCUUCAAGACAGAACCUGUUCGGGAGCCCAGUCCCCCUAAACUGGAGGGAGCCAUACAGUCAAAAGGCAAUGUACUUAAAGUCAAGUGGAUCAAGCAGGAUGACGGAGGCUCGCCCAUCACACACUACCUCAUCCGGUACAAAGCUAGAGAGGACUUGGCCUGGAAAGACGAGGUCCGUGUCCCGAGCACAAGUGGACACAUCCUCCUAAGCGGCCUGGACUGGAACACUGAGUAUGACGUGACGGUGGUGGCCGAGAACCAGCAGGGCAAGUCACAACCUGGCUUGUUGAACUUUCGCACGUCCUCUGAGCCCUCCACCACUCCAGACUACGUGGAGGAUGGCCCAGGCCUAAGUACAGGGCUGAUUGUUGGGAUCCUCAUCCUGGUGUGUGUGGUCCUGUUGUUGGCCGUGGACGCCACCUGCUGCUUCGUCAACAAGUGUGGCUUGCUAAUGUGUCUCUGUGCCAAAUCCGGGACCAGUCCAAAGGGCAAGGAUGUAGAGGCAGGAAAGGCUGCAUUUGUGAAGGACGAUUCCAAAGAGCCCAUUGUAGAAACGAGGAAAAAGGAUGGGCUCACAGCCAACCAUGAUGUAGGGGGACACACCGAGCCAAAUGAGACCACGCCCCUUACUGAGCCAGAGCGACAAACAGAAGUCGCGUCUACUGUGGUGGAUUUGCCCCUGUCCUUGGCCACCAACUCAGACACAGUCACUGACACAUUUGACCUCAGUCAGAGCAGCCCUGUUAGUGAGAGCACCACUCUCACCUCCAGCCUCACAGCUCCUCCUUCUGAGCCCAAAUCCACCCCUAAAACGUCCUCCCAGCCCUUAGACACUUCACUCCUCUCAUCUGAGCCUCCCUUAGUCGAUCUGGCUGAUUCUCAGACCAGUAUCCAAUCAGCUGGUCAAAUUAAAUCUGCAGAAAUCGACACUCAGGCUCCACCUUCUCUUGCUCAUAGCACAGAGAAGGAAGCCCGAGAUCUGGACGCAGAGCCAAUGCUUUUAGGAAGUCCACAGCCCAGAACGAUUGUCACUAAUCCACAGAUCAGUGGUGUUCAUCCCUCCUCAGAGGAUCUUGAGCUCCAAAUAGAUGGAGAUGCCUCACUAACACAUUUCCCACAGGAUGGCUUACACUCUCUGGCUACAGCUGCCUCUACUGACCCAUCGACUCCACAAAACGAAAAAGUCCUAGAGGAGGAGGAGGAGAUUAGAGAUGAGGAAGACGAGCUGAAGAAGGUCCAGCAGGAAGAACUGGCAGAACCAAAUGCGAUAUGGCAAGCAAACGCCUCUGAGAUUAAGGCAUGAUCCGGCAAGCCCAAAGACGAAAGCGGCAACGUCACGAUGAACACGCAAAUGUUCUUUCUACAGUGCCCUUAAUGAUCUUUUGUUUCUGAAACAACAAAGCGUAUCAGAAGCUUGUUCAUUUUUAAGACUGAAAUCUGGUGUACAUAAUGUAUGUAUGCCUUUUUCCAUUUUGUGUUCGUUUCUGUUAAAUGAAGUAAAACCUCAAAGCAUCUUUGUUGCUCUUUUCCUUGAGUUGGCUGCAAAUUCCAAGUUUGAUAUUUUUAAUAGAGGGUGUUUAUGAAAAACAGGCAUCUUGCAUUCAGGUGAAUCACAGCACAUAUUUGCUAAUAGUCCAGAUUAUAUUUUUAUUUUAUUUGCAUAUUACUUUGUUUAAAUGGAAAUGAUUACUCCUAUUUUUUAAUCUACGUCUUCUGAGGGCUAGUCUUGUUUAAUAGUUUGAUUGCAAAUCUUGUUUACAUUCUGGUUUUGUUUCUUGUUUGUAUUUGUUUGUUAACCAUUGUGUUUGAAGAUGUAAUGUAAAACCCACUGUACUACAUAUAAUGCAGUGAAACGCUAUGAAUGAGUGGUCUUCUAAUCACCAGAUUCAUUUAUAUUGUUAUUUCACAGCUACAUGUUUAUUAUUGUUAUUCUUAAUACUUCUCUGACAAGUGGGAUUUUAUUUAUUUAUUUUUUUUCCAAAACAUACUAGCGCAAAUUCUAAUUUAAGUGAAAUCUGACCAUUUUUAUACCGUGUACCUCUGGGUGAAACAUUUGUAUUACACAGCUGACUGCAAGCUUGUGCACUGUGUUUGUGUAUUCUGUAAGUUUUUGAGAAUAUCUGCAUAGCUUAAUGGCUAAAGGUGGCUGAUUUUACUUUGGUAUAGCAUUAUGUAAACUGACAUCUGUCUGUGUAAAAGAGGAUCAAUAUGACACUCCUAUCAUUUAAAGUGUUCUUGAUUCUCCACUACCAAUUGCAUGAGUGUCUGCUAGCCCAUCACCAAUGUUCCAAGAAAAGUGUAGGGCACAGAUGGCAGAUUUGAUCUAUAUGUGCAUGCCCAGAGCUGUGUGUAGGUUGACUUUUGGUGUUCAGCGUGCUAUAUAUUUCCAUCCAACAGCAGAUAUUCAGUCUCUGGGGUACAAAUAAGAAAAGUGUAACUAUCCGUGCUCAAGGUAUAUAUUUAUUAUUAAUUUCCCCACUUUCAAUAUACUCAAAGCCAGUCUAACCAAACAGUGUACCUUGUGUUUCUGAGAUGGAGUCUAAUGGGGAAGUAAUGUGGGACAGUGAGUAAAACUGUGCUUUAAUCUGUUAUGCUUAAGAAAAAAAAAAAAAAAAAAAAAACAUGUUAUAAGUUGUGUUCUUCUAACACAUUUUGAUUAAACUAAUCAAAAUG